AUGGAAGGUAUUGCAAAUAUACGAGUGUAUUAUAACGGUGAGGUUAUAUCGAACACACACGAAGGAGUGACUUUUGUUUGUAAAUGUCCGUUUUCAUUUGCUAUUCCAUAUACCACGAGUUUUGUGGAGUUGCAAAAUGGUAUUUGUGUCAACAUACCAAGUCACAUUUCGAAAAGGGUGAGCUAUAUUUUGUACAGGAGUCCUGUACAAGUAUUUGGUGGGCUGAUACAGUUUCAAAUAAUGGUCAUCACUGACGAUGCAAGCAUGCAGCGGAUGUUCUGUAUUUAUCAACAAACCCGAUUUCAGGUGCCGCUAAUAGAGUUGUACGUUGAGUUUGAACAGCAUACGGGGGUGGACGAGUUUGACGAGGAGGUCAACAUUAACGAGUUUGGGGAUAUAGGCUGGGAAGAAGAUAACGACGACAGUGAAGAGGAGUUCGAAGCCAACUAUGAAGUCGAUGACGAAAACGAUGACGGAGAUCUGGCCGGCAAUCCGGCGGUGCCAAAUGAAGCGCAUGCUGUUAUAAGCCAGCAGCCGUUUGGUGUUCCGUCUUUUAUGCGGACUCUUGAUCUCGAAGCCAUGCAUGCCCCAGAAUUUUCUGAGUAUGCGAAUAUGGGUGAAGGCAACGCUGCGGCCGAAGAUGGUGAAUUCAGUGUCGGAAUGGAAUUUGGCUCUAGAGAGUCGACAUUCUAUGCGAAAUGCAAGGGUUAUGGUGCCGGGUGCGAUUGGCUUAUCCGAGCUAGUUUGAUUCGAAAGAAAGCUUGUUGGGAGAUCAGGAGAUACAAUGGCAAACACACGUGCACCAUGGGAACUAUCUCGCAAGAUCAUGCCAAGUUGGACUCAGACACAAUUGCAGAUGCCAUUAGGCCGUUGGUCGAAGCAGAUCCGUCCAUAAAGGUGAAGUCUAUUAUUGCAGAAGUUCAGUCAAAGUUCAACUACACUAUCAGUUACCGCAAGGCUUGGUUGGCAAAGCAGAAAUCUGUCGCAAAAGUUUUUGGUGGUUGGGAGGUUUCUUACCAGACUCUGCCAGUUUGGCUGAAAGCAAUGACUGCAAAGAUGCCAAGGUCUCGUGUUCAAAUAAAGACGCUCCCUGUUUACCGUGAGAGUGAGGAGGUUCAAGGUGUAAGAGUUCUUCAUCGCGUUUUUUGGAGCUUCUAUCCGUGUAUAGUAGCAUUCCGACACUGCAAGCCACUGGUGCAGGUUGAUGGCACACACCUGUACGGUAAAUAUAAAGGUGCGCUUCUAGUCAUGAUGCUGGGCACCGCUCAAACGCCUGCAAUGAGCACUACCGAUCUGAAAUGCCGGGUCUGGUGA